GCCAAUGUCAGUGCGGGGGUCAGACUCCGCUCCCCGCGAGGGGCGCAGCGGUUGCUAAGUGCUGGUAGGAGACGGAUCCCGCGCCAGCAGCCAGGGGAAGGGGGAGGCGCGAGCGAGAGCGCGUGGGAGCGCGGAGGCCAGAGCCGGGAGGGGGAGCGAGCGGAGAGAGACGCCGGGGAGGCGCGCGGGAGCGAACGCCCGCCCGGGAGCCGGAGCCCCGCAGCACUGCGGCCGCGCCCUUGCCCGAGACUGUGCGGCCGCCCAGUCCCGCUCCGCCCGCCGCCGCCAGGGCUCGGAAGGAUGGAGGACUCCCGGGAGACGUCGCCGUCCUCCAACAACUCCUCGGAAGAGCUCAGCUCUGCCCUGCAGCUGUCCAAGGGCAUGUCGAUCUUCCUCGACAUACUGAGGAGAGCAGAUAAAAAUGAUGAUGGAAAAUUGUCCUUUGAAGAAUUCAAAGCAUAUUUUGCAGAUGGUGUUCUGAGUGGAGAAGAAUUACAUGAGCUCUUCCAUACCAUUGAUACACAUAAUACCAACAAUCUUGACACAGAAGAACUAUGUGAAUAUUUUUCCCAGCACUUGGGUGAAUAUGAGAAUGUACUAGCAGCACUUGAAGACCUAAAUCUUUCCAUCCUGAAGGCAAUGGGAAAAACAAAAAAAGACUACCAAGAGGCCUCAAAUUUGGAACAAUUUGUAACUCGAUUUUUAUUGAAGGAGACCUUGAAUCAGCUGCAGUCUCUCCAGAAUUCUCUGGAAUGUGCCAUGGAAACUACUGAGGAACAAACCCGUCAAGAAAGGCAAGGGCCGACCAAGCCGGAAGUCCUGUUGAUUCAGUGGCCUGGAAAGCGAUCAAGUCGCCGAGUCCAGAGACACAACAGCUUCUCCCCUAAAAGCCCUCAGUUUAGUGCCUGCGGUCCAGGCUUGUUAGAAGAAGAUAACCAGUGGAUGACCCAGAUCAAUAGACUCCAGAAAUUAAUUGAUCGACUGGAAAAGAAGGAUCUCAAACUUGAACCACGGGAAGAAGAAGUUAUUGAAGGGAAUACUAAAUCUCACAUCAUGCUUGUCCAGCGUCAGAUGUCUGUGAUAGAAGAGGACUUGGAAGAAUUCCAGCUUGCGCUGAAACACUAUGUGGAGAGUGCAUCCUCCCAGAGUGGAUGCUUGCGUAUUUCCAUACAGAAGCUUUCCAAUGAAUCUCGGUACAUUAUUUAUGAGUUUUGGGAGAACAGCAGUGUGUGGAAUAGCCACCUUCAGACUAAUUAUAGCAAGACAUUCCAAAGAAGCAACGUGGACUUCUUGGAAACUCCAGAACUCACAUCUACUAUGCUAGUUCCUGCUUCAUGGUGGAUCCUGAACAAUUAGAUGUUCCUAGACAUUUUAUGGUUCCAAGUGCAAAACAAGUAUUCUUAUUGAAAAUGUGAAUUAGAAAAUUCUCUGCAGUUACUAAUCUACUCUGUACUUUUGUUUAAUAUAUUUAAGAUGUGCACUCUUCUAAAAUGUCUUCUUUAUCUUUUAUGUGAAGUUUACCUAAAUUUUUGAAGUUCACUAUUCUGUCUUUGCUGUUUUGCUACAUUGUAACCUAAACCCUUCAGUGGCAGAAUCUUAAUACGUGAAAAAAAGUAUACACAUAAAGGAAAAAAAUUGUGAAAAAGAAAUGAUAAAAAAUAAUUGAAGUGGGAACUUUUAGAGUAUCACUUCAUAGGAUAGCUUUUGUAGAUUUGUCAUAAACUAUCAAGGUUAAAUCAGUGUUUUGUCAUUUUUAAGUAACUGAUUUUCUGUGAAGUUUAUUCUUUGGUAGUGCUCACUCCAUUACCAAUUCAUGAUCUUGUAAGUAUUCACUUUACUGAAAAAGCUAACAUGUGACCCAAAAUGGUGUCCUUACGUGCAGAGAGAGCGAAAGAAGGUGCACAAAGAAAAGGCCACGUGAGGACACAGUAAGAUGGUACCAACAGCAAGCCAGAAGAGGCCUCAGAAGAACUCAGCCUUGCUAGCACCUUGAUCUUGGACUUCCAGGCUCUAGAACUGUGAGAAAAUACCUUUCUAUUGUUUAAGCUAAAAAAAAAAAAAGUUAAUACAUGAGCAUACAAUAAUAGCCUUGGCUGUAAUCUAUAGACUCUAUAUACCUAUCCUGUUAUAAACUGGUUUUUCACAAGUGAACAAUUCUGUGAUAGUUAGGGUACCAUUUGGUACUGUAACACCUUAUAUCAUUUAUUAUAGCAUCAUAAUUAUAUGUAAGUUCAACAAAUCAAAAAAAUAGAAUUUUACUUUGAGAAAAUUUGAUUCAAAUUUUUUGACAUAUGAGCCAGAGGACUAAUUUACUUCUGGAAAAUAGACAUUUGCAUUUAAAUAAUAAUUCAAAUAUUUAAAUAAUAAAAUUUUAAACUAAGUGAAUGAAGAAAUACAAAACAAGCACAAAAUUUUAAUAGCAUUCCCUCUUCCCAGGGAAGAUACUGGACAGAAAACCUUUUCCAGUUUUAACACUAGAAUGACAAUUCUAAUUUCACCAGAACAGUUGGUGUGUUCUGUGUACCUAGUACACUUUGCUAUACAGGCUCAUAUAGUUUUAAUAAAAUCUAUUCUGAUAAAUGCUGCUAAUAAAAAUCCAGUGCAUAUUAAGUCUGUUUCUCUAUUAUUCUAUAAUCCAAAUUCCUUUGAAACCACAGGUCUUCAAGGAAAAACUGUAAGGCAAUUUUUUUUUUUUUUUACUGUUGGAAAAUUCAGAUUGAACUAAAUUAUAUUUUUAAAUAUAAAAUUUGACCUAAAAUUUUCUCAAACGAAUUAGCUUCUAUCAAAGUUAUACCUUUGUAUAUGCCUCAGUCCUCAUCCAUCUAAGUAAUUUUUUUCAUAACUUCUACAAGACAAGGGCAGUAAAUUUUGACACAUACACACAUAUAUAUAGUCAUUUCUAAAGAUGACAAACACUAUGAAACAACACCUGGCUCAACUCUUUUAAUUUAUAUACAAAGCGGAGAACAUUAUUGGAGAUGUACAAUGAUUACUCAAACAAGCUAUACAUAUGUACAAAGGCAAAGAGAUAAUAAAACAGACUUUGCAGUCUCACUCUGAUUAUAUACAGUGACUUUUGACAUAAAACUCCUUGAAAAGGUUGGUUAUGAAUGGUUUCAAAAAAUACAAAUUAUGGCCAAUCAAAACAUAUUUCAGUAUUAGAUUCGGAAAGUACCUAAGUCUUUUAAGUGUGAGGCAGUUUGCAAAGUACCAUGGUAGUAUGACUUUAAAAAGGUUUCUGCCCUCAGUAACAGUGCUGAGCGGAAGAGCUCUUUAGAUUCCAAACUAGAAUAAGUUCUAUUACCAUUUUUUUUAACUAGAGUCAAAAAAAAAAAAAACCAAAAAAAAAAAAAAAAAAAAAAAAAAACCUUUGAGAACAAGCAAAUAAUAAACCAAUUUAAUUAUGGUAAUACUGACCUCAGCUCUUAUACAAAUUAUACAUAAAUUGUUGUGUGUGUGUGUAUGUAUAUACACACUGGAACCUAUAAUAAUAUAAAGGGAAAAUAGGACAAAAAAUAAAUCUGGGCCCUAGCGGUUUAAAUGUAUCAUUUUUAAGUAACCCGGAAAUUUAUGGUUUUAGCGUAUUUUUUCUCCCCUGGGGAGCAAAGUAAUGAAAAGUAGUGUACUAAAAGACCAAGAUGGGAAGCCUACCAUGGACUAAAGCUUGAAUCCAGGUAAAAAGCCCAAAGACAAAAUUCUACCAGAAGAAAAAGGUACUGGUUUUAGGAGUUCAGAAUUCAGUUUAUGAUAAACUUUCUGCCAAAUGAGGGUCUUGAAUGCCUUGCCCGUAGACCUGGGGCUUUCUGAGAAUAGAAUUAGGGAGAGUUUACACUUACCUUUAUAUCAGCAAUUUUUUUUUGACACUAUGCUGGAAGAAACUCUUUUUUUCAAUAGUAACGUCCAGAGUGACAAAAUGCAGGAGAUUUAUUAUAUAAAAUUUCUAGGAGCUAAAACCUUAGCCCCCAAAUUCUUCAUCCAUACAUGUUCUUGUCAUAAGAAAUUAAAGAAUUGAAACUUAAUGUACCUCAAUUACUUGCAAAUGCCUAAAUCUUUCCUCUUUUGGAAAAAAAAAAAAAUCAGUAUUAAUUUGUAAUUGCCUAACUUCUUAUGUUCAUGGAGUCUAAUUAGAGACAAGUAGCAGCUGUUUUUCACCUUGAAUUUCAUUGUUUCCAAAUUGUCAAUCUCUGCUAGUAAUCAUGAAUAUUGAAUAAUUUUAUCAAAAACUUAGAGACCAAAGAAAUGCCUGUUAAAAUAUUCUCCUUCCUGUCAUUGAGAACUAUGCAUUGACAUCCUGGGUCAUUUUAAGCCUCUGGAGAGAUUGUAAAGAUCCUUUCAGAGUGCUGGUAUGAAAUUAGUGGAAAACAGAA